AUGAUCAAGGAGAAGAAGCUCGACGUGAACAUGGUGCACUCGUACAGGGUGAACCUCGCCAGUCGAGAGGAGAUCUACUCCACCGCCCAAAAGGUGCAGUCAGAGGUGGGCGUGGUGGACGUGCUGGUGAACAAUGCCGGUGUCGUCAGUGGCGCCUACUUUCUCGACACGCUCGACGAGAAAAAUCAGCUGACCUUUGACGUGAACGUGCUCGCCCACUUUGCCACCAUCAAGUGCUUCCUUCCUGAGAUGAUCAAGCAGAAGCGAGGGCACAUUGUGACCACUGCUUCCGUGGCCGGCCACAUUGGCGCCAUUCGAAUGGUCGACUACUGUGCCUCCAAGUUCGCCAACGUUGGCAUGGUGAUGGCACUGCGAAAUGAGCUCGCCCAGGCCAAUCUCGACGCGUACAUUAAGACGACCACUGUCAAGCCGUACCUGAUCACCACGG